AUGGCUCCUGAAAAAGGCCCCAAGAUCGAGUCGAAAGAUGACCUGGAGAGUAAGAAAGAGAAGAAGUCGUCGUUCAGCGGCAAGAUCACCACUUUUGUGAAGACCGGUCUGAACAAGACCAAGCGGGAAGCCAUUGAAGCGCAACGCGACCUCAAGCAUUCGCUCGGCCUCGGCCACAAGCCAAAUACCAUUCCUCCUGGCAAAGCGGACAUCAACGGCGAGCCCCGCGAUAUCCAGCUAGGUUGGCAUCCCGUUGCUGGUGCCACAGGCAAAUGGUUCGCUGAGAAGACGAUCAUCGGCCGCGGGAUCAAGGAGCGGGUGGGCAAGUAUCCUGAUCCGACACAGCACUGGGCGGUCAUCGUUGGGGAGUAUGUGCAUCAGCUGUGGAUGGACGAAAACUUGGACGUCAUUUACUUCAAUGAGGCGUUCAAGCCUGAAGAAUGGACAGUCUUCGACGUCGGCAAGACGAGGUUCAACGAUCAGGCUCUGCGGAAAGCAAGUAUCAUGACGAUUCAUCUCAUGCGUGAGAAGAGGCCUGCGUACAACCUCAUAUCCAAUAACUGCCAGAAUUUCGCGGUAAACUUGUUGGAUAAGGUCCAGCUCGGAGCACACAAAGAGUUCGCCACUUCUCUUGCGGUAUACCAGAAAGCUACUGGAGACGGAGAGGUCAUGGAUCUCUGGGAGAAGCAUCCUCAGGAGCAAAUCGAGCAUGAUGCGCUGAAAGCUGACGAGGAGGAGCAACCAAAACCUAAACGGCAGGGAACGUUGCAGUUGGCACAGCAGGUGAUGGAUGAGAACACGACUGAGCUGGAUGACCAUCAUGAUUGA